AUGCGAGCGUUUUCUGAGGCUUCGCGACUAUCGACCUGGAGAGCACCGCUUGUAUACUUUCUCGUGGGGUCUUUGAGUUCCUUGGCUUUUUUCCGGCUCGUGAACUGGACUGUCAACGAGGGUGGGGCGUUCCGGUUCAAGUUACGGAAGAUGAAGCUUGAUCCGCCGGAGGAGCGUAGACUAGAGCCGAUCCUCGUGGGACCACAGGACGGUUUCUACUGGCCAGCCAAGCUGGACAAAACGAACUUGGAAGAACUUUUGCGGAAGCGCCUCGAACUGUCCAAAGAGCGCAUGCAGAGAGCACGGGAACGUGCGAACCUGGCAAACUUUGAGGUAAACAUCUCGGAGAUGGACGUUCACGCUGUCGAGCAACAAACGCUUGAGCCGGGGGCCAACCGCUCCGCGCACGAGCACUUACGGCGUGAGCGGUUCAUGCUCCGAAUGCUGCAAGAACGAACCAGGAACUUUAUUGAACGCUGCAGCACGGAACCGUAA